GACACAUCACAUGCAAGAGAGAGUGCUGGGUCAUUGCUGAGCUGACGGCUGAAGCUGUACAAAGGACAUUUAUAACACCUGGGAGCUAAGCUGCUCACUCAGUCUGCUGCUAUCAUGAACGGGCUACUCAUAUGUACGCUGUUACUCUGCCCCCUGAUACACCCUGGGUCUUCCCUGAUCAGGGUCCCUCUAAAGAAAUUCACUUCAGUCCGCCGGACAAUCGCUGAAGCCAGAGGGGAUGUGAAGAAUCUGCUUGGAGAACCCCUGAAACAUUAUAAUGGUUUCCCCUUAAAUGGGGACCCUACACCAGAGUCCCUGAAGAACUAUCUAGACGCACAAUACUAUGGUGAGAUCUAUAUCGGUACCCCACCGCAGCUCUUUACAGUGGUGUUUGACACAGGGUCAUCUAAUCUCUGGGUGCCAUCAAUCCACUGCUCUCUACUGGACAUCGCCUGCUAUCUGCACCAUAAAUAUGAUUCUUCUAAAUCUAGUACCUACGUAAAGAAUGGCACAGAAUUUGCCAUCCAGUACGGAAGUGGAAGUUUGUCUGGAUACCUAAGUGAGGACACACUGACUAUUGGUAACCUGGCAGUUAAAGGACAGAUUUUUGGGGAGGCCAUCAAGCAGCCUGGCAUCACAUUUAUUGCAGCUAAGUUUGAUGGGAUUCUGGGCAUGGCUUACCCUCGGAUAUCUGUGGAUGGCGUAACCCCUGUAUUUGAUAAUAUUAUCUCUCAGAAGCUUCUGCAGGAGAACGUCUUCUCUUUCUACCUUAACAGGAACCCUGACACCCAGCCUGGUGGUGAGCUGCUACUGGGGGGCACAGACCCAAAAUAUUACACAGGAGACUUCAACUACCUUAACGUAACGCGCAAAGCCUACUGGCAGGUGGGCUUGGACGAGAUGUUGAUAGGGGACCAGUUGACUCUGUGCAAGGGUGGAUGUGAAGCUAUUGUUGAUACAGGAACCUCUCUAAUAACUGGCCCAGUAAAGGAAAUAACGGCUCUACAGAAUGCUAUUGGGGCCACACCACUUAUCCAUGGGGAGUAUAUGGUGCAGUGCGAUAAAAUCCCCUCGCUACCGGUUAUUACUUUGACAUUUGGAGGCAAGCCGUAUACACUGACAGGGGAGCAAUACGUACUAAAGGUAUCCCAGGGUGGCCACACCAUCUGUCUCAGCGGCUUCAUGGGCCUUGAUAUCCCACCUCCAGCCGGCCCCCUCUGGAUAGUCGGUGACGUUUUCAUUGGCCAGUACUACACCGUCUUUGACCGUGCAAAUGAUCGUGUUGGAUUUGCGAAGGCUCAGUAAUAUUCAUUACAGCAUGUCAUGUGACCUUUCUCCUCCCAGCCACUUACAUCGCUGUAUCCAAACUGUAAACCACUGCAGAACAAUGUGUGUAACAAGUAACAUUCUAGUGCAAACAAACAAUGCUUUAAUUCAUUGGCACAUGUAAUGUAGUGUCCCUUUCCAUCUGGGUGCUUAACUUCUGCAAAAGUCCAGCUUGAAGCCACAACAUAUUGCAGCUCCUGAGCAACAGCUCACCAAUGCUUGGAGGCCACGUGCAUUUGCCGUUCCUAAUUGGCUCAUUGCCUUGUCCGGCUGCAAUGCGUUGUGACUCCUGAAAAGGACUUCAAACCUUGCAAAAAUGUAAAGCGCAUAGCUAAACACAUCAUUUCCUAGGGAUCCUAAUGGUUAAAUACAAUGUUCUAACUAUUGAUUUGCACUAGAAUGUCCUUUUAAUUGACCUUGCUAAGCAAUGCUCUGUGCUUGGGAUAAAGUGCAUUUCCACAGUCGUUAACGCCUCUUGCACCAGUGUCCACCUGACUGUACAGGUUCUGUAUGCGCUCCUCUCAUGGUUGCUGCAAUGAUGGGCAACGGCAAUACAAAUUUAUAAUAGGACACAAGGCAUCUUAUUGAACGAGAUAUAAUUCAUCUUGUUCCGCUUCCUAUGUUUUCCGUUAGAACAACAUUUACACACAUAAUGCUUAUAGACAUACACUUCAAGUUGUCAAAUCAUCUGGGUGCAUUUAAAUAAUAAAGCACUAUAAAGAACACUACCCCAAAUAUGUGUUUGUACUGAGCUCUAGACAUGUCUUCCCAUCCCUAUAAAAAGCGCCUUGCCCUUCUCCAAUCACUGCAGACUUUUAUGUAAGAAGUCCGUCAAUUAAAACUUCUUCAGAACGUUUUUUUCUUUUCUUUUAUACCAGUUAAGAAAAUUGUGUGAAAGUAAUAUAAUUACUGUUCUUUUAUUAAUAAAUUUAUUUUGUGAUUUAUAAGGAAAAAAUAAGACUUCUUUUGUCUUGGAUAAUUGAAUCGAAGGCAGCGCAAAAAAAUGUUUGUUUUUUUAAUAAGAGCAUUUAAACACAAUUCCAUAUUUUGGACUUUCUUUGCAAGAAAACUAACCUCUUACAUUGUAGCAACUACACUGUGUGCUUAUUUUUGACUCAGGGUUCGCACAAUCCUUUUAGUGAGUAUCUCUGCUAUAAAUGGGUUAACAAGCUUUUCGAUAUGAAGCAGAUUACAUCCUCAUCCCCUUUAAAUGGAGGUUCUAUAGAUGCCCAGGCAAUAUUUUUACUCACCUGAUCAUAUUUUCUUAAAGGGACAUUGUGCUCAAAUCUUUUUUUUAUUUAUUUUUUUUAAAUCCACUUGAAAGAACAACUUAUCAACAUGUUGAAAGGAUUUGUUGCUUGAAAAAAAUGUGGCAUAAAAACUGGUGGAUUAAAACUAAUACAGCAUUUUCAAGUGUACUUCCUGUAUCUACUCACUAGCUAGGAAUUCCUACUAAUACUCACUUAUUUGAUUGGUCGAUACCAAGAGCAUUUGUACCAAGAAAAAAAAUAAAAAUUAAAAUUUUGCUCUUUAAUAUGGAUGAUCGAAAAUGUUUGAGUACAAUGAUCCUUGAGUUUCUUAAAAAAAAAUAUUUUGUGGCUGAACAAAAAUAUUAAUUUAUGUGAGGAUUACACAUUGAAAUGCAUUUUGUGUAUUUUUGGUAUGUUUCCUUUUUUUGUAGCUUAAUUAGAAAUAUGAUUUUUUUUUUCCCUGAUGCUCAUAAUUCUGUUCCUACACAAACUACAAGAUCAAUACAUCUGAUGCAUGUGCACGUUUUGUAGAAUAACACUUAAAGGGACACUGAACGCAAUUUUUUUCUUUUGUGAUUCAGAUAGAUCAUGCAAUUUUAAGCAACUUUCUAUUUUACUCCUAUAAAUUUUUCUUUGUUCUCUUACUAUCUUUAUUUGAAAAAUAAGGCAUCUAAGCUAAGGAGCCAAUUUUUGGUUCAACACCCUGGACAGCACUUGUUUAUUGGUAGGUGAAUGUAUCCACCAAUCUGCAAGAACAACCCAGGUUGUUCACCAAAAAUGGGCCGGCAUCUAAACUUACAUUCUUGCUUUUCAAAUAAAGAUUCCAAGAGCAUGAAGAAAAUUUGAUAAUAGGAGUAAAUUAGAAAGUUGCUUAAAAUUGCAUGCUCUAUCUGAAUCACAAAAGAAACAAUUUGGGUUCAGUGUCCCUUUAAAGGGAUAGUCUAGUCAAAAUUAAACUUUCAUGAUUCAGAUAGAGCAUGCAAUUUUAAGCAACUUUCUAAUUGACUCCUGUUAUCAAUUUUUCUUUGUUCUCUUAGCAUUUUUAUUUGAAUGUAAGCUUAGGAGCCGGCCUAUUUUUAAAUCGGCACCUGGGUAGCGCUUGUUGAUUGGUGGCUACAUUUAGACACCAAUCAGAAAGCGCUACCCAGGUGCUGAACCAAAAAUGGGACGGCUCCUAUGCUUACAUUCCUGCCUUUUCAAAUAAAGAUACCAAGAGAACGAAGAAAAAUUGAUAAUAGGAAUAAAUUAGAAAGUUGCUUAAAAUUGCAUGCUCUAUCUGAAUCAUUAAAGUUUAAUUUUGACUACACUAUCCCUUUUAAAACCUGUAGUAAAUGUAUGUAUCUCGCAAUUUGAACAUAAGGGGUGUGGUACUUUAUUUCUCUUAUGACUUAUUUAAUUAAACCACUGCACCAAGAGCUUUGUCCCCACCAGAGCCAUACAGUCUCCUUCAUUCUCCGUAGAAAAUGGUUCACAUGGACACACAAUAAGUGUUGGGCCUCUGUGUUUCUCUGGUGACACAAAAAAGACACUACAAUCGUUUAAGGCCAUUUUAUAUAUUUUUAGCUUUUCAUUUCUUUACUCUUGGACUUUUUUAGUAGCUUUGAUUAGUUUAUUUUGUUUGCAAAUGUAAUUUUUGGUCCAUGAUAUCUUCAACCUGGUCAAUAACCACAUAAUCUCACUUAAUUAUUUUUAUUUCCCUCUGAACGUUCCAUGAAUACUUCAUCCACAGGCACUUAAAAGUUAAACCUUUUUGGAAUAAUGGAAAAUAAAAUGACUUCCGCUUCUUCCUUCUUAUAUAGUUUAAUAACCUUUUGCUUAAGAUUCUUAUGUUAAAUACAGUAUGUGCUUGUGUGAAAUAUGUAUCACUGGGUUCCAGUCAGCGGAACCUUCUGUUUGAGGGAUUUUUUUUUUUUUUGAGAUGGGAGUAGCACAGAUACUGUAAAUGAAUCAUCAUCAUCCAGUAGCCCUAUCUAUGUGUUUGUUUCCAGUCUCACAAGGUGCCUUGUAAUGUCUGUAUGAUUAAGCUCAAUUACAGGAACAAUUUGUAUAUUUUGUUUAUGGGAAUCGGGGAAAAAUGAAAAAAAAAAUAGCAUUUUACAAUGAAUUUUUGUUUGCUCCUGAAUUGUCAAUUAAAUGAAAUGUCCCCUAA